AUGGAAAGCAUAUUGGUCUCCAUUGGCACGCAUCGCCUCUCGUUUUCCAUUAGUGGACCACCGCGCGCACCCCUUGAGCCACUGGUGGUAAUCAUUCCGGGGUCGGGCGACGUCGCCUCAUCAUACACAGCCGUGGAACCAUUGGUUGCGCACUUUGCACAAAUCUUUCUAUAUGACCGCUCGGGCCUCGGGAACAGUCAGCGCGGUCCCAACCCUCCACUUGCAGUGACAUCUGCGGUAGAGCUACACAAGCUUUUGCAGGCUACAAAACAACAGCCGCCAUUUCUUCUAGCCGCCCAUUCCUACGGCGGUAUCAUCGCACGCGAAUACUAUCACCUCUAUUCAAACGAGGUUUGUGGAAUGGUUCUUAUUGAUGCCGCCACCGAGAGACAUCUCGAGUACUUCCAAGUCCCAGAUCCAAACAUUGCUGCGGUUCUUGGGAACUUGAAGAUGAGCCUGGUGACGGGGUUACGGGCAGAUGCAAAGUUAUCGCGGGAUCAGUGGCGUCAGAGGGCUAUCGAUAUGGCUCGCGGUGAUGAAACUGCCCAGGCUGAGGCCAAUGGGGAUGCCGUUUUCGAGGUGUGUCGAGCUCUCAGGGAGAAGAAGCAAUUGGACAGACAGGCUAUGGGCGAGAAGCCCCUGAGUAUUGUUCGGUGCAACAGCGCAAGGGAUUACGAGCGGAUUUACGCCGCUGGCGUUGAAGCUGGCAAUGGCACGGAGAUACAGCGGAGGGCGUUUCGAAAGUUACUGGAUCAGUGGGAAUCGGCUACGCAGGGCCUGAGUAAAGAUCAACUGAGACUGUCUUCAAAAACUCACUUCGUUUAUUUAAAUGAUUGUGGUCAUAACGUGCAGCUUGUGAGGCCUGAUGUUGUCGCCAAGGAGAUCAAGUGGGUGUUAGACCAAAUACGAGGGAGCAGAAACGUCCAGAGGCUUUGA